AUGGGCUCCAUCACUGCAGCAAACGCAGAAUUUUGUUUUGAUGUAUUCAAAGAGCUGAAAGUCCACCAUGCCAACGACAAUAUCCUUUAUUCACCCCUGAGUAUCAUUUCAGCCCUGGCCAUGGUUUAUCUGGGAGCAAGAGGUAACACUCAAUCUCAGAUGGAGAAGGUUCUUCACUUUGAUAACAUUACAGGAGUUGGGGACACUGCUGACUCUCAGUGUGGCACUUCUGAAGACAUCCACAGCUCAUUCAAGGAUCUUCUCUCAGACAUCACCAUGCCAAAUGCUACAUAUUCACUCAAGAUUGCUGACAGACUCUAUAUUGAAAAAACAUACCCCGUUCUUCCGGAAUACUUAAAAUGUGCAAAGAAAUUCUACAGAGCAGAGCUGGAAGAAGUUAACUUCAAAACAGCUACAGAGGAAGCAAGACAGCUCAUUAAUUCCUGGGUGGAGAAAGAGACAAGUG